AUGGCUGCUCCUGAGAAACCUAUCAUCUUCACCGAGCACCUUCAGCUCACGGCUCUGGGUAUCCAACCGGCAUCGAUUUCCUUCCAAACACUCACGCUCGAAUCGGACGCAUGGAUCUGUGUGAGGGAACAAAUAGAUACACCUCAGGUGGUCAUUGUCAAUCUGAAUGAUUCAAAUGAUAUCGUCAGACGACCAAUCACCGCCGACUCGGCGAUUAUGAAUCCUCGAGCAGGAGAUAAGAUCCUAGCUUUGAAAGCCGGUCGACAAUUGCAGGUGUUCAACCUAGGCAACAAAUCCAAGAUUGGAGCUCAUCUGAUGAAUGAAGAUGUCACUUUCUGGACAUGGAUUAACGAUACUACAAUUGGUAUUGUUACUGAACGAGAGGUUUAUCAUUGGAAAGUAAUGGAUGGACAAGCUGCUCCUACCAAGAUAUUCGACAGACACGCAACACUUGCAGGCAACCAGAUUAUCAACUACCGGAUGUCCCAUGAUGAGAAAUGGUUAGUCGUAGUUGGAAUUUCCUCAAACCCAAAUGCAGGUCAACCAGGACAAAAUGGUUUCAAGAUCAAGGGAGCCAUGCAGCUAUACUCGGUCGAAAGAGGUGUAUCGCAACCUAUAGAAGGUCAUGCUGCUGCUUUCGCUACUGUCAGACAGGAAGGUGCCUCUCAGGAUUCAAAGUUGUUCUGUUUCGCUGUUAGACACGCUAAUGGUGCCAAGCUACACAUCGUUGAAAUCGGUCAUCAAGCACCCAACCCCCCAUUCCAGAAGAAAGCAGUAGACGUCUUCUUCCCUACCGAAGCUACCAACGAUUUCCCCGUCGCUCUUCAGGUUUCACCCAAACAUGGUAUCCUCUACCUCGUCACCAAAUUCGGUUUCAUUCACCUCUACGAGAUUGAAACUGGUCAAUGUAUCUACAUGAACCGAAUCUCGGGCGAAACCAUCUUCACGACUGCUCAACAUGAGAGUACUUCAGGUAUCAUUGGUGUGAACAGGAAGGGUCAGGUUCUCAGUGUCAGCGUAGAUGAGGACACUAUCGUUCCAUACAUCCAACAGGUGAUAAACUCCCCUGAACUCGCUAUCAAGCUCGCUACUCGAGCUGGUCUUCCCGGUGCAGAUCACAUCAUCCAACAGCAAUACCAGUUAUACAUCCAGAACGGUCAAUACUCCGAAGCUGCCAAGAUUGCCGCCAACUCUCCUCGAGGGCUUCUUAGAACUCCCCAGACCAUCGAGACAUUCAAGAAACUUCCGCAAGUACCUGGCAGUCUCUCACCAAUACUCCAGUAUUUCGGUAUCUUGCUUGAGAAAGGAGAGUUGAACAAAUAUGAAUCUCUUGAAUUGGCUAGACCUGUAAUCCAGCAAGGGAAGAAACAGUUGCUGGAGAAAUGGCUUAAAGAGAGCAAGCUUGAGUGCAGUGAAGAACUUGGUGAUCUUUGUCGAAUGGCCGACAUGAACCUCGCUCUAUCCGUCUACCUUCGAGCCAACGUACCCAACAAGGUCGUCGCGGCUUUCGCUGAACUUGGUCAAUUCGACAAGAUCGUCCUUUACUCCAAGAAAGUCAACUACACUCCCGAUUACGCCCAAUUGCUUCAACAUCUCGUUAGGAUCAACCCAGACAAGGGAGCUGAAUUUGCUACUCAGAUCGUCAACGAUGAGAGUGGACCAUUGGUAGACCUCGACAGAAUUGUCGAUAUCUUCAUGUCUCAGAAUAUGCUUCAACAAGCUACCUCUAUCCUCUUAGAUGCUCUCAAGGACAACAAGCCUGAACAGGGACCUCUACAGACUAGAUUGCUUGAAAUGAACCUCGUCAGCGCCCCUCAAGUUGCCGAUGCCAUCCUCGGUAAUGAGAUGUUCACUCAUUACGAUAGACCUAGAAUAGCCAACUUGGCUGAGAAAGCUGGUCUUAUGCAAAGAGCGCUCGAACAUUACGAAGAUAUUAACGAUAUCAAACGAGUCGUCGUCCAUACCCAACUCUUCAACCAAGACACCAACAUCCGACAAAACCUUCAACUUGUCGUUCAAAUCGCUUCCAAGUACUCUGACUUGCUUGGUCCCGUCAAGUUGAUUGAGCUCUUCGAGCAAUACAAAUCAUCGGAAGGUCUCUACUACUACCUUGGUGCUGUGGUCAACCUCAGUGAAGAUCCAGAAGUACACUUCAAGUACAUCCAAGCUGCCACCAGGACAGGUCAAAUUCGAGAAGUCGAGCGAAUGUGUCGAGAAAGUAACUUCUAUAACCCUGAAAAGGUCAAGAACUUCCUCAAAGAAGCUAGACUUUCUGACCAACUUCCCCUCAUCAUCGUUUGCGACCGAUUCGACUUUGUUCACGAUCUCGUUCUUUACCUUUAUCAAAACGGCCUUACGAAUUUCAUCGAGAUCUACGUCACUAGAGUCAACUCCGCUCGAACUCCUCAAGUCAUUGGAGGUCUUCUUGACGUCGAUUGCGAGGAACAAACCAUCAAGAACCUUCUCGCUUCCGUCACCGGUACCUUCCCCAUCGAUGAGUUAGUAGAAGAAGUAGAGAAACGGAAUAGACUCAAGCUCAUCCUCCCAUGGCUUAACACCAAGGUUGAACAAGGAUCUACCGACCACUCAGUCUACAAUGCUAUCGCUAAAAUCUCUAUCGACUCCAACAACAACCCCGAAGCCUUCCUUAAAGAGAACAACCUUUACGAUCCUGCGAUCGUCGGUAAAUAUUGUGAAAAGCGAGAUCCAUACCUUGCCUACAUCGCCUACGCUAAAGGUCUCUGUGAUGACGAUUUAAUCAACAUUACCAACGAAAACCAAAUGUACAAGCACCAAGCUCGAUACCUCGUCAAGAGAAGAGAAAUCGAUCUCUGGACUCAAGUGCUUGAUCCUGAAAGUAUCCACCGACGAGCACUUGUGGAUCAAGUCAUCGCUACUGCUAUUCCUGAAUGUACCGAUCCCGACGAUGUUUCCGUCACCGUCAAAGCGUUCAUGCAUAUGGAACUCCACGGACCAUUACUUGAAUUGCUCGAGAAGAUCAUCAUCGAACCCUCGCCAUUCAGCGACAACAAAUCCCUUCAAUCUCUCAUGUUCCUCACUGCCAUCAAGAACGAUAAGGGUAAAGUCAUGGGUUAUAUCAACAAGUUAUCGGGAUACGAUGUCGAUGCCAUUGCCAAGGUUGCUACUGAAGCUGGACUGUACGAAGAAGCCUUCACCAUCUACUCCAAGCAUGAUAUGCACGCCGAAGCCAUGAACGUCUUGGUCGAACAUAUGGUAUCUAUCGAUCGAGGAUUCGCUUAUGCCAACAAGAUCAACCAACCUGCCGUAUGGAGUCGAUUGGGUAAAGCUCAAUUAGACGGUUUGAGGGUCAAAGAUGCCAUUGAUUCAUACAUCAAAGCUGAAGAUCCAUCGAACUUUGCUGAAGUGAUCGAAAUCGCCAACCGAGCAGGCAAACAUGAAGAUUUGGUCAGGUUCCUCCAAAUGGCUCGAAAGACAGCUAGAGAACCCAAGAUCGAUACUGAAUUGGCAUACGCCUACGCCAAGACGGAUCGAUUACAUGAUAUGGAAGAGUUCUUGGGAAUGACCAAUGUAGCGGAUAUCCUUCAAGUAGGAGAGAAGUGUUUCGAAGAUGAGUUAUACCAAGCAUCGAAAUUGUUAUUCUCCUCGAUAUCGAAUUGGGCAAGAUUGGCUACUACUUUGAUUUACCUUGGGGAGAAUCAGGCUGCCGUAGAUGCUGCUAGGAAAGCUGGUAAUACCCAGGUAUGGAAACAGGUUAACGCUGCUUGUGUUGAUAAGAAGGAAUUCAGAUUGGCUCAAAUUUGUGGUCUUAACCUUAUUGUUCACGCUGAAGAAUUACCUGCCCUACUGUCAUUAUACGAAAGAAAUGGUUACUUCGAUGAGAUCAUUUCGUUGAUGGAAGGUGGUCUAGGCUUGGAACGAGCUCAUAUGGGAAUGUUCACUGAACUUAGUGUUCUAUACGCUAAAUACAGACCUGAGAAACUCAUGGAGCACCUCAAACUGUUCUGGCAACGAGUUAACAUUCCUAAAGUCAUCAAAUCUGCCGAGCAAGCUCAUUUGUGGCCAGAGCUUGUUUUCUUAUACAUCGUCUAUGACGAACCUGACAAUGCUGCUUUGGCUAUGAUGGAACGACUUGGUGAUUGGGAUCACGAUCAAUUCAAGAAGGUCAUCGUCAAGGUCGCGAAUAUGGAGAUCGCUUACAAGGCUGUCUCAUUCUACCUCGCUCGUCAACCUACUCUCUUACCUGACCUUCUUGCCGCUUUAACACCUCGACUAGACCAUGGACGAGUAGUUAAGAUCCUCCAAACUGAAGAUCACCUCCCUCUCGCCAAACCUUAUCUCAUCGCCACUCAGAAACUCAAUUUGUCCGUUGUCAAUGAAGCUUACAACGACUUGUUGAUCGAAGAGGAAGAUCAUGUUACUCUUCGAAGCAGUUUGGAGACUCAUGAUCAAUAUGAUGCGAUCAAAUUGGCGAAGAGGCUUGAGAGUCAUGAGUUGUUGGAGUUCAGGAGGAUCGCUUCGUUGCUUUACAGGCUAAACGGAAUGUGGGAAGAAUCGCUUGGUCUCGCCAAAGCAGAUCGAUUAUGGAGAGAUGCUCUGGAAACAGCCGCAGCAAGUAAAGACAUAUCAGUAGCAGAAGAAUUAGCUGGUUACUUCGUCUCGAUCGGUAACAAAGAUGCUUUCGCUGCCAUACUUUACGUAUGCUUCGAACUGGUCCGACCAGAUUUCGUUGAAGAGAUGUCCUGGAGAUUCGGUUUAAGCGAUUACUCGAUGCCAUACAAGUUACAGCAACAACGUGAUCAUUCUACCAAGAUUGCCGCAUUGGAGAAGGAAGUGAAAGAGUUGAAAGCCAAGACGACAGAGAAGGAACCUGAUAAUGAACCUUCGUUGAUGGGUAGUGGAUUAGGUCAGAGAUUGAUGAUUGGUGGACCAACCGGUGGUCCAUAUGGUGGUAUGCCAAAUGGGGGUGGACUGAUGUCUCAACCUACGGGAUUCUACUAA